GCGCUGGAAUAUUGGUACGGUUCAUUAUAUAAAUAUAUAUAUAUAUAUAUUAUAAAACUGGUUGGCAAGUAAACGAGAGCAUAUUAUCAAAGAAGACGAAGAAGAAGGAGAAGAAGAAGAAGGUGAUGAGAAUAAGAUAUGGUUGCAAUGACAAGCAGUGGCACCGUUAGUACCGGUUUGAUCGAUAGCAAACCCAUCUUCUUCAUCAAACUUGCUCUUCUGUUGCUUGUGUUCCUACAGCUGCAGCCAAAAAUCAUUCCCACAGUUCAAGCGGCUACGCUUCUGCCAAAGAAUGAAGUGGAUGCGCUACGUGAAAUAGCAGAAGAGCUGAAUAAAAAAGACUGGAAUUUCAGCGAUCCUUGCAACAAUGUCCCAACCGUGGAGACCCCACAUACUGAUCAGUACAACGACACUGUCACUUGCAAUUGCUCUGCCAAUCGAUGCAACAUCAAUGGCAUUUUUCUCAUGGGGCAGGAUCUGGAUGGCGUGCUUCCACCAUCACUGGCAAAGUUACCUUACCUCAGACAAGUCAAUUUGGGCCAGAACAUCCUCAAUGGUUCUAUACCACCCGAGUGGGCUUCUAUGAAACUGGAAUUUCUGGUCCUCAGUGUGAACAAUUUGUCAGGACCCAUCCCUGCCUACUUGGGAAACAUGACAUCUCUCACAGCUUUGGCACUCGAGAGCAACUUGUUUUCUGGAAGUAUUCCCCCUGAGUUUGGAAACUUGGUUAACUUGGAGACUCUCUUUCUUAGUGCUAACAAUCUCACUGGAGAGUUGCCUGCGACUUUCACUAAUCUGACCAAAUUACAAACUCUAAGGAUUAGCAGUAAUAACUUCACUGGAAAAAUACCCGACUUUUUCCACAAGUUUAAACUGCUUCAGAUCUUAGAGAUGCAAUCAAGUGGUUUUGAAGGGCCAAUUCCUUCUAGCCUUUCUGCCCUCGAUAAGUUAACAAAUCUAAGGAUUAGCGACUUAAAUGGUGGGGUUUCAGAUUUUCCAGACAUCAAAAACAUGGAAAGCAUGGAGAUUUUGAUGUUGAAGAGUUGUAACAUAAGAGGAAGAAUUCCUGAAUAUAUAUCUACCUUGACAAACUUGCGAAUUUUAGAUCUCAGCUUUAACAGAUUGGAGGGAAACAUUCCAAAUUUUGGAGAUUUAUUUAGAUUGAGCACAAUAUAUCUGACAAGUAACAAGCUUACUGGACUUACGCCAGAGUGGAUGAUCAAAGAGAGAGAUGAUCGCUAUGUAAUAGAUCUUUCUUACAAUAAUUUCUCUAAGAACAAUUUGCAACCACCUACUUGUCGUGAAUCCUUGAAUUUGUAUAGAAGCUUUUCCAUACAAAAUAAAUCAGUACUCAGUGAUUGCCUGAGUCCAUGUUCAAAAGAUAAGUAUUCUUUGCAUAUAAAUUGUGGUGGAAAACAAAUCAUUAUUGGAAACACCAAGUAUGAAGGGGAUGAAGAUGUAGGAUCAGCAGCAAAGUUGUUUUACAACAACACCGCAAAUUGGGGUUUUAGUAAUACAGGUCACUUUUGGGAUAUUCAGAGUGGCCAAGACAAGUAUAUAACAAAAAAUGUGUCCAUACUAAGAAUGAACAAUUCUGGAUUAUACACAACAGCACGCCUCGCUCCUCUUUCACUGACAUAUUUUGCUCGUUGCUUAGCGAAUGGAAAUUAUACGGUGAAACUUCACUUUGCAGAGAUAGUGUUCAGAGACAACAUAUCUUAUUAUAGUGUUGGAAGAAGAAUGUUUGAUGUUUAUAUUCAGGGGAAAUUGGAGUUGAAAGACUUCAAUAUAGAAAAAGAAGCAGGUGGAGUUGAUAAGGAAGUGAUACUUAUACGCAAAGCUGUUGUUAAUGAUAAGACUUUAGAGAUCCGAUUUCAAUGGACCGGGAAAGGUACAACAAAUGCUCCAAGACGAGGAACAUAUGGUUCUCUUAUAUCAGCUAUCUCCGUGGAGUCCGAUUUCAAACCUCCUGCAGAAAGCAAAAGGAAACUAUACGUUGCUGUUGGAGUUGUUUUAGUAUUAUGCAUUGUUACUUCUAUAAUUUUAGGCAUUCUUUGGUGGAGAGGUUGUUUUGGCGGCAAGGAAUCAAGGGAACAAGUUCUGGGAGGAUUAGAUUUGAAAACUGGUGUCUUUACAUUCAAACAAAUUAAAGCGGCAACUAACAAUUUUGACUCUGGAAAUAAGCUUGGAGAAGGUGGAUUCGGAUCUGUUUACAAGGGUGUAUUAUUAGAUGGUACAUGUAUUGCAGUUAAGCAACUCUCUGCUAGAUCAAAGCAAGGGAAUCGUGAAUUUUUGAAUGAAUUAGGCAUGAUUUCCGCUUUAGAACAUCCAAAUCUUGUUAAAUUGCAUGGACGUUGUACUGAAGGAAAGCAAUUGGUAUUGGUGUAUGAAUACAUGGAUAACAACAGCCUUGCACAUUCCUUGUUUGGUCAGGAGAAAGGAGGUCCAUCGAAAUUGGACUGGCCCACAAGGCAGAAAAUAUGCGUGGGCAUUGCCAAAGGGUUAACGUUCCUGCAUGAGGAAUCAGCAUUUAAAGUUGUUCAUAGAGACAUUAAAGCUUCAAAUAUAUUGCUUGAUAGGGACCUCAACCCUAAGAUUUCUGACUUUGGUCUAGCUAAACUGGACGAAGAGGAGAACUCCCACAUCACCACAAGAGUUGCCGGAACUAUAGGAUACAUGGCGCCAGAAUAUGCACUAUGGGGUUAUUUAACAGAUAAAGCCGAUGUUUACAGUUUUGGGGUUGUUGCAUUGGAACUUGUGACUGGCAAAAGCAACAUGAAAUUUCAUCCAAAUGAGAAUUAUGUGUGCCUUCUAGAUUGGGCCCUUGUUUCACAACAAAAGGGAAAUUUAAUGGAGCUGGUUGAUCCAAGGUUGGGAUCAGAGUUCAAUAAGGAAGAAGCGAUUAGAAUGAUUAAAAUAGCUUUAUUGUGCCACAAUCCAUCUCCUGCACUUCGACCUACCAUGUCUAGUGUCGUGAGCAUGCUUGAAGGUCGAAGUACCGUUCAUGAAUUGAUUAUGGAUCCAAGUAUUUAUGGUGAUAAAUUGAGGUUUGAAGCCUUGAGAAACCAGUUCAAUUCAUUCACAACAGACACCUCAUCUGUAAAUUAGAAUUUUUGGUCUUUAAUAAUCAUUUGCAACGUGUAUAUUUUUCCUCUAUCACUCUAGAAUUUUUAUGCUAUGAAUUUUUAGUGGUGAAAGCAAUAUUGCUUUUAAGCGUAACUUUUGUUUGUAUACUUCUUUUAUAUUAUUAUAUUUGUUAAUAUAAAAUAUUUGGAACAAAAAUAUUAUUGUC